AUGGGCGUCCCCGGAAAUAAUUUGGACGAUCUUGAACGCCAGCGUCUCGAACUUGAGAGUAACAUUCUUAAACUCCAAGAAUCCCUCUACCACUGGAGGACAUGGGAGGCCGAAUAUGAUGGCCUGAAGGAGGAAAUCGGCGAUCUCGAUGAUGACGCGACAACAGAUGACUUCCUCCGAGUUGGCCGUGAUUUUGGCGGGACUUUGGUGAAUGAGGAUGAGAUGAAAGUGAUACUGGGUGAGAAGCAGGGCAUGUCACGGUCCAGGCAGCAGGUCGUUGACCUUCUUUCGAGGAGGGUCGACUAUGUGAAGCAAAACGUUACGACGAUGGAGAAAAGACUACGGGCCGCAGAGGACCAGCUGUAUGCCCUGGAUUCUUUCGAGCAGCGUUCUACAGACACCGGAGCCGAUUUCCCAAUGACAGAGAUCAUGGAAGAGAUUGAUGAAGAUGGAAAAGUGAUUUCGAGCUCGACGUCAACCCCUGGAGACCAAGCGCCGCAACUCUUGGAAGUUUUGAAGAAAGCCGGAGUGAAGGAUAUCCCAGAGGUGCCUGAGACGGGUUCAAAAGCUGCUGUUUCGGAAAGUACUUCGCAGCCUGAACAAAAGAAAGAGAAGAAAGAAGAAGUGGACAAUGCUUCUACCAAACAAGAACCAACGAACACCUCCCUAGAGGCUGACGAAGAUUCCGAGACUGAGUUUGUGGAGGAUAUUGCGCCUACGAACCCACCCUCCGACGACCAGAAAGAGCGCCCUGUUACGGAUGUCGAUGAAUCCCCCGAAGAUGCCAAUCUGCGCCGUGAGAUGCUGCAGUAUGGGCUUGAUCUGGAUGAAGUCGGUGCCGUUGUCGCGGAGCUUGAACUGGAUGAUGACGCAAGCGAUGUCUCUUAUGAUGAUGGAUAUGGCGAUUAUGACAGUGAUGAAGACGAGGAGGAAGAUGAGCAUGGACGAACCAAGGGCCGAGUCUUGGAUGAAGAAUACCACCAGCAGAUGCGUGAAUUGGAGGCAAAGCUGAAUGCUAGGGGGAUGUGGAAUAUGGGCAAAGACACUGGCUCGCUGCCGGCUGAAAUGCAACAAGACCUUGACAAACCGGCAGUGGUAAAGGUCGAUCACCAACCCGAUGAGUCCGCUCAACCGAAAAAGCCAAAGAAAAAGGUUGCGUUCGCUGAUGACCUCGAUAUCGCCCCUGCCUCUAAACCAGCGGUUGCGGAGAAGACACCUCCGCGGCAAUCGAAUGUCCAAGUAUUGUCAGACUCGGUUGUCGAACGCACAGAGCCUGCCGAGAAAACUGUUCCGACCGGCCCUCCCAAGAAGGCCUCCCGCUUCAAGAGCGCUCGGAAAGCGACGGCGAAUGGUGCAAGUGAAGAUACUGCUCCACCGCUUCCUCCAUCCAACAGCAACACUCGACCUACUGAGCUUCGCUCUUCCAUACGCAAGCCGGAUGCAUCAUCAUCGUUGCCCUUGUUCCCUGCCAAACCGGCAGAGCCCAAGCCCUUCUCUCAGCCCAUUUCAGAUGUGGUCGAAAAGCCAUCCGCACCCCAACCGCCCAAAGAUAAGAUCGUUGCCGACACUCUCCUUGAACGUGAAGUCUCGGAGGGUGAUGCGAUAGCACCAGAGGCAGAUGAGCUCGAUGAGCAACUACACAGAAAGGAAAUUGCCACCGAAUUCUAUCACCUGAGAAACCGGAAAAUCCAGCAGAACGGUGGAUUUGUCAACGACGAGGAGCCCGAAAUAGUCCCUAUAGAGACUGAGGAAGCUCCCAAGCGUGUGAGCAAGUUCAAGGCUGCUCGAAUGAGGUAA